CUUGAGAGGUAUUGCAGUUUAGUAUCAAAUUAUAUACUUAAUAAAUACAGCAAGCAAACUAUCAAUGACUAAUUCACAGUUUUUGUUUAAACAGAAAACUUAUGCUAAUGCUAUUAAUGUCUUCUCCAGCCACAGUAAGUUGUCAAAAAUUUUACAGAAGAGUAAGGCAGCAGUAGCAGAAGCUCCGGUUGGAUGUCGGUCAAUAGUCCUAUUGCUAGUGUUUCUGAAUUCUUGGUGGCAUCAGUUUUCAGGAUAAUAGAAUCUGCAGCACAAAUAACAGCAGAGCAAGAAACUUUUGCUGAAAUUGGAUGCUACUUUUACCGACUCUGUCCAUCCAUAAUGGAGUUGCAGACUAGUGAAAAUACCCCAGAAAAUGCCAUGGAGAUCCUGCAAUCGCUGUCCGGCGAAAUUAAUGCAGCCAAAGAUCUCGUAAACAAAUCCCUAGGAUGCAACAGUUCAACAUCUGAUUCUGAACUGAAAAGCACCAUAAAACAGCUGGAGGAGGUGAUAAAACACAUGGGAGAAUGUUUGAGCUUAAUACCUUCAUCAACAUUUCAGAACCAAAGCUAUGCACAAGUUGCAGUUCAGUCUCUUUCAGAUGAAAUGCAGCAAGUGCACUUUGAAGUCAGUCAAGCUCAAGAGUCGCAGACUCAAGUAACCAUAGAGGAAAAAAAUGAAGAAAUAGAAUCAGAUUUGUACUCCAUCAAUGUUGAAGAUUCCACAGAUAAUUACCAGGCCUUCAAUAUGCCAUGCUUGAUUGAGUUUAUAAAAAAGAAAAGGCUUAGCAGCAAAAGUAACAAUAACAGAAGCAAGUCCUCAUUAGCAUGGGAACAAACAGUUGAGUAUGCAGAACCCCUAUAUGAGACUUUCUACUGUCCAUUAACAAAGCAGGUGAUGGAUGAUCCAGUGAAUAUAGAAAGUGGAGUGACCUAUGAAAGAAAUGCAAUUGUAGAGUGGUUUAAAGAAUUCAAAAACUCGGACGAAAUUUUCUGUCCAAUCACAGGGCAGAAGCUGUUGAGUAGAAUUUUAAGACCUAAUAUAGCUCUCAAGACCACAAUAGAGGAGUGGGAAGCAAGAAAUGAGGCAGCAAAGAUCAAGGUUUGUCGUACAGCUUUGUCUCUAGCUAGUUCAGCAAGUAUGGUAUUUGAAGCAAUAAGAGAUUUGCAAGGCAUCUGUGCAAGGAACCGGUACAGUAAGAUUCAAAUCUAUAAUGUUGGAAUACUGCAACUGCUUGUUAAGUUACUUGAGUACAAAGAUAGAGAUGUUAGAUGUGCAGUGCUGGAACUAUUACGACAAUUGUCAGAUGAGGAUGAUGACAAGGAAAUGAUCGCUAAUAUUGUGGAUAUUUCAACUGUAAUCAAGAUGUUGUCAAGUGGUCACAAGCCCAUAAGGCAUGCAGCAUUGCUUCUAUUACUUGAGUUGUCAAAGUCUCGAUCAUUGUGUCAAAAAAUUGGGUCAGUUCCAGGGGGAAUUCUAAUGCUGAUCAGAAAUAAAUACGAUCUGGCCGUUGAUGCCUUCUCUUCAGAAAAGGCAGAUGAAACCUUAAAGAACUUAGAGCGAUCUCCAGAAAAUAUCAAGCACAUGGCGGAAAAUGGACUCUUGGAACCCCUUCUAAAUCAUCUAAAUCAAGGUUCUGAGGAGAUAAAGAUGGAAAUGGCAAGCUACCUUGGGGAAAUCACCCUUGGAAAUGACAGCAAAACUUAUGUUGCUGAGACAGCUUCUCCAGCACUCAUCCAAAUGGUGCACAGAGGAAACACUUUGACCAGACGUGCAGCAUUUAAAGCUCUAGCACAAAUUUCAUCUUAUUCCCCAGGUGCCAAAAUAUUAACAAAAGCUGGAAUCAUACAAGUCAUGGUUGAAGAGAUGUUCACUCGGAGGAUCUCCAAUGAACCAAUGAACUCAAAAAAUGAAGCUGCUGCUAUUCUUGCAAAUAUUUUUGAGACUGGACUUGAGCUUGAGAAUCUCCAAGUAAACUCUCAUGGGCACAAACUAACUUCAGAUUAUGUUUUGUACAACUUCAUCCACAUGAUCAACAACUCAACUUCCGAGGAACUUAAUAUCAACCUUAUAAGAAUUCUUUUAUCCCUUAUGAAGUUGCCCAAUUCUAUUGACACUAUAGUAUCAGUGGUCAAAGAGACUGUAGCAAGCUACACUUUGAUAGAGCUCAUUAAUAACCCUCAUGAGGAGCUUGGAGUUGCAGCAAUCAAGCUACUUAUUGAACUCUCAGCUCACAUGGGGCACACACUUGUCGAGAGACUAUGCAAGACAAGAGGUCAGCCUAAGAACUUACUCUUAUGCCAAACUUCAAACCAAAUCACAGAAAGACAGGCAGUUUCAACAAAAUUUCUUGCUAAACUACCCCAUCAGAAUCUAACACUAAAUCUAGCUCUACUGAGACAGAAUGCAGUCCCUUCAAUCCUACAAACUAUCAAUCAAAUCCAGACAACUGGAACUAGAACAAGCAGGUAUGCAAGUGCUUACUUAGAAGGUCUAGUGGCUAUUUUAGUCAGAUUCACUACAACACUUUAUGAACCUGAGAUAUUGUCUCUAGCAAGAAACUACAACUUCACAUUGGUAUUCACAGAAUUGCUAAUGAGAACAUCAAGUGAUGAAGUUCAGAGAUUAUCAGCAAUUGGCCUGGAAAAUCUCUCGGCAGAAUCAAUAAAUUUAUCAAACCCCCCACAUAUAAGGAAAAAAAAAUCCUGGAAGCAAGCCUUACCCAACUUCCUAUCUUUUAGUUCUUCAAAGAAAAGGAAAUUACCUAUAUGUCCAGUCCACAAAGGCUCUUGUUCCUCACAAAAUACUUUCUGUUUGGUUGAUGCAAAGGUGGUGGAUAGGUUAUUGGCUUGUUUGGACCAUGAGAAUGUUGAGGUUGUUGAGGCUGCAUUAUCAGCUGUAUGUACUUUGUUAGAUGACAAAGUUGACGUGAACAAGAGUGUUAGCAUAUUGAGUGAAGCGAAUGCUAUACGCCAUGUUCUGAACAUUCUAAAAGAGCAUAAAGAAGAAGGUUUGUGGCAAAAAUCUUUUUGGAUUAUUGAGAGAUUCUUAAUGAAAGGUGGUGACAAGUCUGCUUCAGAGAUAUCACAGGAUAGGCUGUUGCCUGCCACUUUAAUCAGUGCUUUUCAUCACGGGAAUGGUAAUACAAGGGACAUGGCCGAAAAAAUCUUGAGGCUUUUGAACAAGGUGCCCAAGUUUCCUACUUCCAACUAUACCUUGUAAAGUAUAAACGCCAUGUAUUUGCUACUGCUCUUAAGUGCAGCCAAAUUCUUAUAAAAAUCCUAAUAAACUAUAGUGUUAGCUAGUCAAGUAUUUUAAAUAUGAGUUCUAUGAUCAAUUUUGUCAUUUUCAGAGAUUUGGAUUCAUUAUGGGAAUGCUACCAUGGCAGGUUCAUCCAUUCAAAA